AUUCCACAUUGUAUUGCUUCACUCGCCAAGUUUCGAACGUGUUGGUGUGUCCUUUACAAGCAAAAACAGUCAACGAAUCAGGCCUAUAAUAUUUUCAAGUUUAUUCUACAAGUGACGUGCUAUGGUCGGUUUAACAUUCGGGUCUCUCGCAAUUGUUCCUUAAAAAUAACGGCUAUCUCAAAAUCAAUGUGAUCUACUUUUAAAAAAUUAUUAAUAUUUUUUCUAAAAAAGUCAUGAAUUACUCACAAAUCUUUUUAACGGGCUUGUCUGCUAUGGAUACUAGCCUUUUGAAGCCUAGAAAAAGGACAGUGUUUGAAUUUUGAAAAGUUGUAAAGGUCGAAAAUUUUUACUAUAAAAACCUUGGGUGUUAAAGUUACUGGUGUGUUCGAAAUUUAAAGCAGUCGUUUUUUUAAAAUGAAAUGGGUGGUGCUGCUAUCGCUGAUUAUCGCGAACAUAGUGAAAGAGCCGGCACCCGUAGUGAGAGUGGGGAGCGGUCUAGUGAGGGGGACAGUGAGUGACACUGGGAGGAUUUACAUGUACCUGGGGAUCCCGUAUGCUACUGUCGAUCGGAGAAACAGGUUUCAGGCGCCGCUACCACCACCGAAAUGGAGAGGAAUCUUCGAAGCCCGAGACGAAAAUACUCGUUGCCCGCAAAGAAUGUUUGGUCCGAUCAUUAUUGGUGACGAGAACUGCUUAAAACUAAACGUCUAUACCCCAGUUGAUAAAACUCACGGACAACUUCUGCCAGUUAUGGUUUUCAUACAUGGAGGAUGCUUCUACGAAGGAAUUGGAACUACGUUUUUGUAUGGACCAGAUUUCUUUAUAGAACAUGGAGUUAUUUUCGUGGGGAUCAAUUACAGAUUGAAUGUCGAAGGAUUUCUUUGUCUGGGUAUCAAAGAAGCGCCCGGAAACGCUGGUUUAAAAGACCAAAUAGCUGCUCUUAAGUGGCUUAAGGAUAACAUAGAAGCAUUUGGAGGAGACCCUGAUAAUAUAACCUUAUUUGGUGAAAGCGCCGGUGCGGUAUCCAUCUCAUAUCUAUUUCUAGCACCAGCUGCUAAUGGACUCUUUCAUAGAGCGAUUCUUCAAAGUGGCGCUACAAUUGCACCCUGGGCGAUACAAUAUGAGCCAAUAAAAACAGCGAGCAAAGUAGCUAAAGAAUUUGGUUACAACGGCACUGAUCCUUAUAAAAUUUACAAUGUUCUUUCAAAUAGGACUGCUAGAGAGUUAAUAGCUGCCAUCAAAUAUUCAAAACAUAGACAGUUUGUGAUGGCAGAAACACUAUUUGUGCCUUGCGUUGAGCAGGAAAUUCCAGGAGUCGAACCAAUCAUUACGCAAUACCCGAGCGAUAUAAUCAAAUCAGGCAAUUACACGAAAAUGCCCAUUAUAAUCGGCUAUAACGACAACGAAGGAAUUUAUUUCGUUAGCAAAACCCACGGUAAUGAAAUUAGAAAAGUAGAAGAAGAAGUGAAUCCUUUUGAUUUAAUCCCGAAUGAUUUGGAAUUUCCUUCGGUAGCAAUAAAGAACGAUACGAUUACAAACAUUUUAAAUCACUAUUUAUCUAAGAAGAAGGAUGAUGUGAUUAUGCGAUUAGUAGAUCUAUCUUCAGAUCUUCAUAUCAAAUAUCCAGCUGCUAUAGAAUCUGGAAUGUACUCCCGGUCGACUGACCAACCGAUUUAUUAUUACCUAUUUAAAUACAAUGGAUACAUUAAUAUGGCGAAGUUUAUAUCAGGUUUUAUGUUCAAAGAAGGCGCAUCGCAUGGUGAUGAACUGAUGUAUAUGUUUAAGCCGUAUGUAUUUCCUCUACCCACGAGAUUCUUUGAGAUGAACAUGGUGAAACGUAUGGUUACAAUGUGGACGAACUUCGCUAAGUAUAGUGACCCUACGCCAAAGACGUCCAGCCUCAUCCCAAUAAGAUGGCGGCCGAGCAGAUCAACGAACCCCAUAGCCCUGAUCAUAGACCGACGUCUCACCACCGCACCACUGUGGGACGAAGACAUGGUUAGCUUCUGGAACUGCACUUACACCAAAUAUAGACGGAAAAUGUACGAGUUCAAACCUUUUAAUAACAAUUCUUAUGGCCAUUAUUAAUUUUGUAUAGUUAUUUCUAUUUACUAGUGUCACAGAAAAAAAGAAAAAGAGCACCAAUGCUCUUGCGCAUAUUAUACAAUAUAUAAACGGUGCUCUUUUAGUUGUUAAGGUAUCCCUAAGUUGUGUGUAAUAAUCUCUCUUAAUUGACAUAUUAUUAUUGGUACUAUACUUACACGAGGAGAGAUUCAACCGUAUAUAUGCAUAUAAUAUAGUGUUCUCAUUUCAUUCGCAUAUCUAUAAAAAACAUGGAAUUAAAGGGUAUGCACAGGGUUUUUGACCAGGGCAUGCAUAUAGAAGAAAGAUGUCAUGAAGUGGAAGAAUUCUUCUCCUUUAUGACACAUACAAAAAUUUUAGGGUAGCCAGUGCUUUUGUGCUUGUAUGAAGUGCACGCCACGGGGUAUGUACCUGCUUAGUAAUGUGAUAAUUUGAACCAAACCACAACGUAUGUCAGCGUAUAACACUCCAUUGUAAGGGUGUUUUAUUUCUUGGAUUUAUUUGAAUAGGACUAACAGAACUUGGCAUCACGCAACGUCCAUCGUCCAUUGUACAGGCUCGUAUUGUAGCUUUUUUUUGUUCACGUAUCAAGAAGACACUAUGACUCAACUGAACGUCUAGUAAUAAUCGCCCCCGGGCCGACCAAAUAAAGGCUGCAGUGGUUACCCCCCUACAUGAGUGUAAAAUAAAGCGGCCACAAAAGAGUCACAAUUAAGUUCCGACGAGACGAGGAAGAACAGAACGGUCAGACUCAGACAUGGAGUGUCUAAAGGCUUUUUUGUAUUCGGAGAAUACUACGGCGUAAAAUGAAAAAAAAAAAACUAACCAACUGUUUAUAUGGGCUUAACAAAUAAACGUUACACUCGUAUGUUUGAUUAGUUACACAAAUUUUCUCUCCCUACGUAACUGCUGUACAAUAUUAAAGGGGGUAAGUUAUUAAUUAAAGUCUGGGAAGCUU